AUGAAUCAUUAUAUUCAACAGCCAAAAACUAGUCAAAAAUAGAAGAAGCCCUCAAAAGUAGCAUUGGCACAUCCAGAAAUUCAUCCAAACAAGACUCUUGAUGAAUUAAAAAGCAAGGAGUGGACAGCUGCUAUACAAAAGGAAAUUGAUCUGUUUGGAUAGGCUUUACAACAAGUAGAAUUGCUAUUUUAAGAAGCUUCAGACUCUUAAAAACAAUUAAGUUUAGGCAGCACUAAAUUAGUUCAUGAUGAAUUUGAAUUUGCUGCUUCAAAAUUGCAAGUUCUGAGAUAGAUGCUAGCAAAAUAUUCUGAAGAUCACGCCAAGUACCAUCAAAUCAAGAAAGAGUUAUAGUAAACAAAAGAUAACAUAACACAAAAUCAAAAAAAUUUAAAAUUCAUAAUUAACAAAGAGAGAGAGAAGAUUCAAUUCUAAUUUGGAGUUGCUUAAAGAGUUUUAGUCCUUAUCUAAGCCUACAUUAAAAUGAAGGAUCAAUUUGAGAAUCCAGAAGAUCUUUAAAAACACAGAGACUAUAUCCUCUAAAAGAUUGAUAGGAUCAAAAAGACAGAAGAAAAGCAUACCAAAAAGAUUGAAAGACAUUUCAAUGUUAUAGCAAUAGAUGAUCCUAAUAACCUUCAAGAAAUCGAAGAUGAAGAAGAAUAAAUAACGGAGGAGUCAGGUUAUGAAGGAAAUAAUGAAACACUAAGAGAACACUUAAUAAAGUUGUGCGAUAGUUUGAUUGCUUACUUCACAAAGUUUGAAAAGAAGGAAGGGGAAUAAUUCCUGUAACAUGAUUUAACAACUUUCCAAUAUUUCGAUCAAAUUAAAGUGGCUGUUCCAUUUUAUUCAACUUAAAUUGACUAAACUAUUGAAUUGAUUAAGGAGAAAAGAUCAUUUUAUGAAAAUGCACCUGAUACUGAGUUUGUUCAAAAGGGCGUUGUUCCAAAAGUUGUCUAAAAACAAUAACAGAAGGUGGAUACAAAUAAUGAGUAGGAAUUUCCUAAAUUAUCAUGA